UCGCAAGAUGUGGGUAAUUUGGAAAUCCUUUGUGUGCGUUGUGCGCGGGUCUGCCAAGAGAUCAAAUUGUGUUAUCGAGGGUUGGUGCAUGGACGGUAGCUCGCUGCAACAGAUAGAUACCCAGAUGCUGCCGUGUCAAAUAAAUGCCUCUCGGCGGGCCCCAUCUGGGUGGGGACGAGGGAGGGACAGCGGGCAGAGAGUCCAGAACGUUUGCAUGCCCAGCCGGAGUACCAGGAAAUACCAAGAGCCGACCUACAUGAUGGCCAGCGCGCCCGGCACGAUGCUGGGUGUGCCCCGGGAUGCCUUCCCCGUACCUCCUCCCCGCUAUACCAUGCUGGCACAUAUAGGCGCGCGGGCCACACACACGCAGCGCGGUAUCGAGCGUGCCACCCACGGAGAGAGAGGGCAGCACGGCCACCCGGAGGCGGCGGGAUCAUCUCUUGGCGAGAGGGAGGGCGCGCUGCUGCCCACGGCAUCACCUACCCACGACAAAACAGCCCCAGCAACCUGCCGCCAGCGCCGCGCCGUGCGAGUGCGUCUGAAAGGGGCGAUUCCAACCGCCCGCUUGCCCCCUCCCCAGUGGGCGGAACUGAGAACCGGCAUGCACGAAGAUCUUGCUCGCGCCGAGGAGAGUAACGGCAGGCCCAAAAAUGGCAGGCCUAGAAAUGGCAGGCCCAAAAAUGGCAGACCUGUGCCGCAGUCGGGCGUGCGAGGGGAGGGGGAGCACGCUACUACCUAG